GGUAGGCAAGGAAUGCGACCAAACUUCUCGGGCUCUAAAUUAUCCACCGGACCGGAGCUGCUCUGCUCCGAUUCUCUCUCUCUCUCUCUCUCUGCUUUCUCUGUCUAUAACACACGACAAAGACAGAGUGCUGAGUUAUGCAAUUAGGCCAGGCCCCUCAUCUCAACUUCCUCCAUUAAAUGCCUUCCCUCCCUCUUCUCUCUUAAUCCCCCUUUUGCUUUCGAUUUCCUUCCACGGCCCAAAAGGAAGCAUAAAGCUUCUCUCUUUCCUCUUCGCUGUGAAAAAAGAAUCCCCUUUUCAGUUUCAUUGCUGCAGUCAGAACUCUGCAGAAGAAGGCAGAGCAUUCCUAAUCCUCCGCCCUUUUUCUACCCCUUUGCUGGGUCUGACGCCAUUGCCGGCGGCUUCCUCAAAGUUCUCGCCUUUCUCCGCAGGGGAUUUAGCUGAAGAGAGCAAGGGGAUGAGUUCUGGGGGAAAGUUGGUUAUUGCACUGAUUGUUGCUUGCUCUUCACUGGGAGCAAUCAUGUUCUUCUCCGUGUGCUUCUGGAUUUACCAUUUCCGGUGCAGACGUAGGGCUCGCACUGAUACGAGCAGCUUCAGCACUGAGAGCUUAGAAGCUCAGAAGGGGCUUUAUCUGACUUCAAUUUCUAGCAAAUUUGGGUCCUUGAAGGCGGUUACCAAGAAGAAAUCUGUUCCAUUCAUCGAUUACAAUCUCCUAGAGAAGGCAACUAACAAUUUCGACCCCGCCAAGAAGCUCGGGGAGGGCGGAUUUGGAUGUGUCUAUGAGGGUAGUUUAGAAGAUAAUACCCAAGUCGCUGUGAAGAAGUUAAAUCGUGGAACCAAAGAUGUGUCCAGAGAAUUCGAGAUUGAGGUGAAAUUCUUAAGGAGAAUGCAGCACCCAAACAUAAUUUCCCUCUUGGGAUAUAGUACGAAUGGUCAGGCGAGUUUUAUUGUCUAUGAAUUGAUGCAAAACGGCUCUUUGGAGACUCAAUUGCAUGGACCUUCUCUGGGAUCCGCAUUAACAUGGCAUAUGCGGAUGAAGAUAGCUCUAGAUACGGCAAGAGGACUUGAAUAUCUGCAUGAACAAUGCAAACCGCCAGUCAUUCACAGAGAUCUCAAAUCCGCUAAUAUCCUUCUUGACUCUAACUUCAAUGCCAAGCUCUCAGAUUUUGGUCUUGCUGUGACUGAGGGGAGAAGGAAAAUAGAUAAAACUGAUCUCUCGGGCACUUUGGGAUACGUUGCACCCGAAUAUUUGCUAGACGGUAAAUUGACUGAUAAGAGUGACGUUUAUGCUUUCGGAGUUGUGCUUUUGGAACUUCUACUGGGGAGGAGGCCCAUGGAGAAACUGGCACCAAGUCAGUGCCAAUCUAUCGUCUCCUGGGCCUUGCCUCAGCUUACUGACAGAUCCAAACUUCCAAAUAUCUUGGAUCCUUCAAUAAAGGAUAAAAUUGAUAUCAAGCACUUGUAUCAGGUUGCUGCUGUAGCUUUAUUGUGCCUGCAACCAGAACCGAGCUAUCGACCGCUCAUAGCCGAUGUUCUGCACUCGCUCGUUCCUCUCGUGUCCAUUGAGCUCGGCGGAACCCUGGACCUUUCGGAAACUGUACCUUCUGAUCAUGUAUAAAACUCAGAGCUGGACACCUAAAUGACCCGGGGCUCUUUUUAGUGCCUAAUCACCGGCAACCAAUCCUGCAUCAGAUCCUUGAAGACCGCCUUCUUGACCAAUUUUUCACUCACACGAAUUUACCCACUCUUGGUGGAAGAGAAGUGUGUCAUGUCGGUCAUUUUCUGUAAAGUGGUUUGAUCGGGAUGAGAUAUGUUCCCGAUUGAUGAUAUUUAUAUGUAUAUAUAUUUAGUUGUGAAAUGGAAAUAAUUAAUUAGCA